AUGGGCAAGGUGCGUCUGUUCAAGACGCCUGAGUACUCCGUCAAGCAGCCGCCUGACCCCGUGGUCUGCAAGCCCCCUGCCAACGGGAUCUUGUGCGCACCAUCGGCUUCCGGGAAGACCGUGCUCCUUGUGAGCAUGAUUUUGGAGCAAUACAGGGGAUGUUUUGAGCGCAUCUACAUCUUCUCGCCCUCGGUAGAGGUCGAUUCCGCCUGGCAGCCCGUUAAGGACUAUAUCCGGGACGAGUUGGGUGUGAACACGGAUCGGGAACAGUGCUGGUGGGAGGACUGGGACGAGGGGGCGCUCCGGAAGAUCAUCGCCGACCAGAAGCGCAUCACCCAGAAGAGCAAGGAGCUGGGCCUGAAAAAACUUUACUCGGUUUUGGUGGUCCUCGAUGACCACGCCGACAACCCUGCGGUGCACCGCAAGACGGGCGACGGCGUGCUGGACACGCUCUUUAUUCGUGGCCGGCACUUCUGCAUCAACACCUGGGUGAGCACCCAGAAGCUGCGGCUCAUGAGCUCCGCCGUGCGGGUCAACGUCAUGUUCUACUGCGUCUUCCGGUUGCGAAACCAACUGGAGCUGGAUGCCUUGGUGGAGGAGCUGAGCGCCAUGCUCCCGAAAGAAACCCUCUACGCCAUGUACGAGGAGGCCACGAGGGAGCCCUACAGCUUUUGGUUCGUUAACCUCCGCGCUCCCAAGGAAGACAUGUUUUGGGUGCGCUUCGACCGGAAGUUCUUGCUACUGAGCCAGAUGGCGGCCAAGUUGUUGGGGGGAGGCCCGAUGUGCGAAAGUGAGCGCAGCAACAUAAGGUGCUGCACCAGCACGCAAGGCAUCUACGACCCCAGCCACUGGCCCCCACCAGACAGGCCCCGGCAAACCUCCGACGGCUCCAACGCCAGCGACUUCUCGGCGCGCCCCACCCGGUUUUUCAGGCGCCGUUCUAAAAAGGGCAUGACAAGUAUCUACGUGGACUCGCGCCUCCGCGCGGAGGGCACGGAUAGCAGCUUCUCCUUCGACAUCGGUGAGAGUGUGCACAUUCAAUCCGGCGCCAAACUUGCGGUGUACAAGGUCCGCGUUGCUGACGCCUUCCUGAGCACGGACCGCGGGACGUUCUUGUACUGGGAGGACACGGUGGCCGGCACCCUGCACUACGCGGAGCUCCCGGUGGGCGCGUACACAGGCCCAAGACUCGCUGCCUGGAUCAGCUCCAAUUUUGCAGCGGCCACGUACACCGCGGAGACCAACGAGCUCGACGUCACCUACGAUAAUGUGCGCCUGAUCCUCAACGACGCCGAGCUCCGGCAGCGCUUCCCAGGCACGGCCCCCUACCCGCCGGGCACGUCGCCCAGCAAGCCCCUGUCCAUCAAUCACCUCCUGGGCCCCAGCUACCUCACGGGCUCCGUGCAGCGCUUUGUCUUUGUGACGAUGAAUCCGUUCUCAGAACUGUACCUCAGGUGCCCAACACUGGCCAACGGGGAGACGACAGUGGGCCCGUUGGGGCACGACAUCCUCUGCAAAAUAGUCGUUUCGAAAGGUGUGGGCCACGUCAUGGAGACCGAGACGUCAGAGGGGCACUGGGUUCAGCCCAUAACCCUGCGUCACUUGCGCUUCAAGCUCACCGACUACCAGGGCAACAUCGUAAACACGCGAGGCACCAGCAUUUCCUUUGUGGAUGAACCCGCUCCUGUGGCCACCGAGCCCGCCGUGGCCGAGCCUCCCGCGCAGCCGGUGGUGGCCGAGCCUCCCGAGCCUGCCGAGCCUGCCGCGGUGGCCGAGCCGCCGACCCAGGCUCCUCAGAAAGCGCCCCAACCCAAACGGCGAGGGCGACCGCCAGGUUCGAAGAACAAGCCAAAGCCGCCCCCGACACCGGAGCCGCAGCAAGAGCCCCAGCAGGAGCGAGCACAAGAGCCCCCGCCUGAGACCCAGCAACCCGUGCGUAUGACGCCCUCGGAGGCUCGCCGCGCCCGGCAGCUCUCGCGAGCCGACCGCUUCCAUGCCGCGAUGCUGCGGGCGUUUCACAAGCAGUAUCCCAGCUACAACUUGACGCCGCUGCUCUACAAGCGGCAGCAGCAGUUGAUCGAUGCUCGCGCCUUCAACGAGUGGCUGGCCAACCGGCGGCAGCGCCAGGAGGGCGAGGCCUAUGCGGAUGAAGUCGGGCGUGCUGUCGACGCCGUCAACCGAAGGAUCCCUCAGCGGACGUGGCCGCUGGGCGGAACACGAGGCGAGCCCUUGCCCAUCGACCUCCCAAACCGCAAUGCCAGCAUCCUGACUUCCAGCCACUUCUGGCUGGACGACUAUCCCCAGAGCUCCGAGCCCGAGCCAGCCCCGCUGCCCCACACGACCGUGGACCCUGCAGCAGCCUACGAGGAUGCCAACGAGGGCUACGAUGGAGUGCCCUUCCCCCGCCGGGAUUUUUUGCGCCCACGACCCUUUGACAUGGACAGCCAACCGGAUUUUGGGGCCGUGGACCCCGGGCAGGCUCUGAGAAACGACGGGUUUCAGCCCCCAGCACCGCCAAGCUUCCUCAGCCGGAUGCAGCAGGCUGAAGCCGCUGCGGGAGCUGCAGCCGGACUGGCGGGCUCUGCCUCUGCCAUUGCGGGUCACGGACAAGACCUAUACAAUGCAGCGCGCAGGGGAAGGAACUGGAUCGACCGGAACCUGCGCAUCCCGCGCACGCCCGAGGGCCUCGCGCCCCCGCCCGACGGGGUGGCUCCACCCCAAAGCAUCGGCCGGCCAAGUGAAGUGGAGCCGCUUCUGGAGCGGGCGGGACAGCGAGCCCAGGAGGUGGAGAGGGCGGCAGCCCGAGACAUCGAGCAGUUCAUGAGCGAGCAGGUGGCCGAGGCCGAGGUGACCGAGGGCUUCGCUUCCACCGCAGAAGUGGCUGCGGGGGCCGCAGAAGCGGCAGCUGCAGCGGAGGGGCCAGGAGCGUUGGCGCUGUUUGGAGAGGCUGCAUUGGGCACGGCUGCGGGCAUGGGAGCAGCAGCAGGAGGCCUUGCCGUGGCGGGUGGGGCAGCGGCGCUUGUGGGCACUGCGUGGGCGCUCCACGGCGGCAUGGUGGCCGCAGAACAUUUGCUGGGCUGGGGCGGCGGUGGCGGCACCGACACGGACGCUUCGCGGCAGGAGUUCGGUGCUGAGCAGCACUUCCAGCUCCGAGAACAACAACGCCCGUGGACACAGUUCUACCGCAUGGACGCCGACAGCGAAUCGGAGCCGCGGGCCCAGCCGCCCCCGCGAGUGCAGGCUCGCCCCGCGAGGCCCACGCGCUUCCCCACGGGCUUGAACCCCGCUCCCUUGGCGCAGUCCUCGGGCAGCGACUCCUCCCGCGGGCCUCGCAUGCAGAGGCCGUCCCGCGCCGCACCGCCCCCUUCCUUCGAGGCGCUUCGAAGCGCGAGCGAGCCGGAGGCCGCGUGA